ACGUAAGACUGGUUGGCCGUGUUCUGCUUUCUGCUUUUGUAAUCAUCAACAUUCACCAUCCUAACCUAAGCCUAAUUUUGUUUUAAAUUCAAUAAUUUAUUGUUAUUUUGUUGAUUGAAUGUAGAUAUGGUUUUCAACUACAACUGUCAUUAUGUAUUUCAUCAACCAAUCGAAAAAGUGAUGCGCACUGUGUUGUCAUUGAAUAUUCAACAAGAAAAAAUGUUAGAUCUUGCAAUACAAAAAAUUGAAGAAAUGAAGGAUCUCGACUGUAUACAAACUGAAGCCGCUAGAGAGAACUUUGUUCCUGAUUUGUUGAGAGAAAGCGAAGACCUGAAGGUAGCUGAGAUCAAGUAUGAGACUGAAUUUUGGGUGGACAAAGCUAAUCGAAGCUUCUGGAUUCGAAGCAGGAAUGUGACGUGGUCCGAUACAGCUCACAUCUGGCAGACCUCUACUUUCACUGCAAUUGAUGAAUGGACUAAUUUGGAUCAAGAAGUUGCCAUUGGCUUCGAUUCUUUGGGACGUUCCGGUCAGAGAAUAGAAGAUGCUGUGAGCACAUCAUUUUGCAACAUUUUUUUGGCCUACAUAAAUGAAAUCCAGCAAAAAAUGCAUGAAAAUGACACCACAAUCAGGCUUGAAGGUUUGAAAUUGGAAUGAUUUCAAACACAUUAAUUACUCAUAAUCAAAAUACAUCCAAAUCCUAUUCAUUCCAACAUUAUUCUUUCAAAAACUUAUAGUUACCAUGUUAUAGAUACCAUGACUGCUCCAAGAGUGAGAGUAAUACGAGUAUAUUAUUCAUUCCUUAUAAGAAUUGUGCAAUUCAAACUAAGUGAUAUUUCUGUGAUUUCGAUACAGCUCUCCAUACUUUUUAUCUUGUUGUCUCUAUUUUUCUAUAUUUAUACUCACAUUUCAAUGUAAAGUUAGCUAUAACUUGUUGAAUAAACUUUUGAAGUAUUUUA